AGUGAUAAUUGGUCAUCGGGUUUCUUGUUAGAGGCAAAGAAAUGAAUAACUCAACUUACAUAAACUCCUCCGCCGAGGAUGUUAUGGCACUGGGGAGUCCCUAUAAAACUGUUGAGGUGGUCUUCAUAGUCCUGGUAGCAGGAUCUCUCAGUUUAGUGACCAUCAUUGGGAACAUCCUGGUCAUGGUGUCCAUCAAAGUCAACAGGCACCUGCAGACUGUCAACAACUACUUCCUGUUCAGCUUGGCAUGUGCCGACUUGAUUAUUGGUGUCUUUUCUAUGAACCUGUACACUCUUUACACUGUGAUUGGCUACUGGCCCUUGGGGCCUGUGGUGUGUGACCUGUGGCUGGCUCUUGAUUACGUGGUCAGCAAUGCCUCUGUCAUGAAUCUUCUCAUCAUCAGCUUUGACAGAUAUUUUUGUGUCACCAAGCCUCUGUCAUACCCUGUAAAGAGGACCACUAAGAUGGCAGGUAUGAUGAUUGCAGCUGCUUGGGUGCUGUCCUUCAUCUUGUGGGCACCUGCGAUUCUGUUCUGGCAGUUCAUUGUUGGGGGAAGAACUGUUCCUGAUGGGCAGUGCUACAUCCAAUUUUUUUCCAAUGCUGCUGUCACCUUUGGCACUGCUAUUGCAGCCUUCUACCUGCCCGUUAUCAUCAUGACCAUCCUCUACUGGCAGAUAUCUCGUGCCAGCAAGAGCAGGAUAAAAAAAGGAAAAAAGGAACCAGCACAAACCCAGGAUCCAGUUUCUCCCAGUUUGGUCCAAAGUAAAAUAGUGAAACCAAACAAUAACAACAUCCCAACAAGUGAGGAUGGGUUGGAGCACAGCAAAAUUCAGAAUGGUAAAGCUACAGGAGAGACUGUGACAGAGAACUGUGUUCCAGGGGAAGAGAAGGAGAGCUCUAAUGACUCCACUUCUGUCAGCGUGGUUGCUUCCAAUGUGAAGGAGGAUGAAGCUACCAAAGAGGCCACCAAGGCUUCUGUCUCCCAAGUUCACUCGAAAGGGGAGAAUUCCAAGCUGACGUGCAUCAGGAUAGUCAGUAAGUCCCAAAAGGGUGACUGCUGUGCCCCAACCAACACCACCGUGGAGAUUGUAGAUACUAAUGGCCAAAAUGGAGACGAGAAGCAAAACAAUGUGGCCCGUAAAAUUGUCAAGAUGACCAAGCAGCCAGCCAAAAGGAAGCCACCCCCUUCUAGAGAAAAAAAAGUGACCAGGACUAUCUUGGCUAUUCUCUUGGCUUUUAUCAUUACCUGGACACCAUAUAAUGUGAUGGUUCUCAUCAACAGCUUCUGCGUCUCCUGCAUCCCCAGCACUGUAUGGACUAUUGGUUACUGGCUCUGUUAUAUCAACAGCACCAUCAACCCUGCCUGCUAUGCGCUCUGCAAUGCUACCUUUAAGAAAACCUUUAAGCACCUCCUUAUGUGUCAUUACAAGAACAUAGGCACCACAAGGUAAAAAAUAAAAAUCGUGGAAAGAGGGGGAAAGUUCCAAGUUUUAAAAAACUAUGCCAUAGCACUUUAUGCUCUAGUGUGGAACAUGCAAUCAAGGAGCCAAGUGGAGUCACUGACCUGGGAUGUCAGCUCUGUCUUCAAGAACUGCACUUAAAACCUUUUUUUAAUUAUUAUUAUUAUUAUCAAUGGGUCUUGGGGAAAUGGUGAUUGAAUGAGGGGUCAGUAGGGAAUGUGAACUUGAGGCACAGUUUCUUGUUCUCUCAUGAUGUCAUGCAGAAGGGCUUUUUGAGUCUAUGAUUUUUGUCCAUUCUUAUAGAAUAACAAUAAUCUUUGUGUAUGUGUCUGUCUGUCUGAAGAAGAAAAUGUAAAGACACUUUGACAACAAAUAUAACAUACCUAAUUGGAGAGGGGAGGGUAGAAGAGAUAGACACUGAGCAAUUCAAACUCAUCUUGCAAAGAUUAUUUCCAAAGUUAAAAGCUGACAAUUAUUUUUGUCAGGGUCUCAUGUUGAGAAAUUUAAAGGUAGGCUAACUAUGACAGCUAAUAUAGUAUCUUUACCUCUCUCCCAUCACCAUAAAUAUAUCAGACAAAAUUAUUCUUUACCUCACCAUGGAUCCCAUGGUUCACUAUCCAUUGUUCCAAGCAUAUCAGCUUUCUCUAACUGGGGGGCGGGGGUUGCUCCCAUGGUACUGAUGAAAAUGAAAGGGAAAAAAGGAGGUCCUUUCCAGCUUGCUGUACCACAGAGACUGUCCUGAGGCCCUUAUAAGCCAAAGUCUUUGAGGAUUUAGCUCACUUAAGCUCUUUUAUGUACCAUCCCCCAGGAAGUUGUAUUUUUCUUCAAACAGCCUUUUCUUCUUUUUUGCACCUCCCUGCCCAGGGCAUAAGGAUUGAAAACCAAAGCCAGCUGUGAAUUAGAAGUUUUCAUCAAAUUAACAACCAUAGGGCUCAUAUCAAGGAAGAAAGUUGAGACCAGAAAGAGCAGUUGUUAAUAGGUAACAAGAGAGUUAUCUCCAUUUCCGAUGGGCACAGACUUUAUGUCUGGUAUUUGCUUGUGGCUCCCAGAGGUGAAAGGUUAACAUAAGAAAGUCCAUCUUAAUGUCCAAUAGAGAGAAGGUUCCUACUAAUAUAUUUGUUCUAAGGACAAGAGUAACUGCAUGUAGAUUACUGUGCCUACCUGGAAGUGACUCUGGGUAUGUUCCAGGAAGGAAGAAGCCAAAGUCCUUCUUAGGCGUAUGGUGGGGACUAUGUAUACUUUAUGGAAAAGAUACAGUGCUGGCCAUGUUGCCUUUUGUAUCAGCAUGGAGCAAUAUCAUUGCUACCUAUCAGGGGAUAACAGUAGUAAAGGGGCAGGUAGGAAAACAGUGGUUAUACAGAUAUAGACACUGCAAUAUCAUUAUUUUAAAAUGUUCCAAAAAUUGUCAGUUACUCCAGAGAGUUGACUCCUCCUGCUUGUAGAAUAGCUACUUUUGCAGUAUUUGAUAUAUAUUGUGGCAAAAUUGAGCACUGUGUGAAUUUGGCAGAGUGCAUCAGAUUAAAGUAGACAGCUGUUCCCUGCGAGAUUUGCAUCUGUCAGUAUUCCUCCUCUCAUUGACACUUCCAGACACUUACAAAGGUAUGCCUGUGGAUUUUGCCAUCCAAAGAGUAGCCUUCUAUAGUGACAUUUCCAUGGGGUUCCUUCAUUGUAAUCCAAAAAUAUUCACCAUUAUCUGGAAUGAUGUAAACAAGUUGACCACUAAUUCAUCUAGGUAUAUCACCCUUCUAUAUUACAGUCUUCCAAAGUGAACUUCAAAGUAGCAGUCUUUUGGAUUACAGGGAAGUUAACCAUGAUGACUUAAUGUUUAACCUUUUCAGAUGCUCAACAGAACUGUGGAUUGGGGGCACUUUGGAAAUAGGAUCUUUUUGACAUGUACCAGUCCAAAGUUCCUGGCAGAAAGGGAAAAUUAACCAUGAAACAAAAUGAGGUCCAAAAGCACCUAUGUAGGAUAUGUUUUGACCAGCCCUUUCUUGAAUUGCAGUGGCUUGUAAUUUAAGGUGCCGUUAUUGGUGAAUAAAAGAAUUAACUCAUUAACGGUCUGGUCCAAAGCCCUUUGAAGUCCACUGAAAGACUUCCAUAGACUUCAACAGGUCAAAGCAUUAAGUUAACAGAACAAAUGCUUGCUCCCUGUGGGUCUGAUUCUGCAGCCCUUACGCUGAACAGCAUUAACUCCCAUGAGUCCAGCUUUACUGUGAUUACUCACUUAAGUAAGUGCUGCUCAAUGUAAGGGUUGCAAAAUUGAUCCCUGAGUAUCUGUCAAAGCUGCUUUCACCUGACGUGUCUUGAAGGCCUAAAGGAAAAUAUCUAGCCAUGUUUCAACAGUCUGUGUUGUUUAUUCUCUUCCAAAUGGUGAAAAAUCCAGAGACAAAAAUCAAAGAGUGUGAAAUAUGUUCACUUUCUGUACCUUUCUUCAGGAAAGAACAGCUUUCCAAGAGACUGUGCCUGUUCCUCCCUCCCAGCAAUAACACAAUCCCAAAGGGGGAGUGGAGGGGCAGUUUAUUCUUCCCUGAAACCACUAACAGUUCAACUUGUAACUUUGCACCUCUGACGUGUGUCCAAGCUCCAUUCUGAACUCUCAAGUCAUCACCAGGACAGGAAUUACAAAUCCACUUAGCGCCAUGAGACACCUCCUCAGGUUAAAAAGUACACAGUUAAUCACAUGACAUUCUGCUACAUCUCAUGAUGUGAUGAGGCACAACGUGAUGCGAAGAGAAAUGAACAUUGUGCCAAAGACCCACCAAGAAAUGAAACGUAACAUACAGCUUUCUAAUGCUUCUUCCUAACACCCAUCACUACCUCUGAGUCUGUGAAAAGAGAGACUUUAUUUCAAACUGUAUUAACAGACAGUACAUUUGAAAGAUUGAGAGGCCACACUAACUGCAUAGUGUACUAUACUUUAUCUUUAGUGUAUGUUUCUUAGUUGUAUGUAAAAUGUCUCUCCUGAUACACAUAUACAUACACAUUCUUCAAAACUUUAGAGUGCCAAACAUGAAAUAAUGUGUCUGCAAACACACACACGUGCAUAGAGCAUAUGUGUGCAAUAUACAUUUUUCAAUAUUCAGUGUAAAGCAUGGGAAUGAUAGCUGUGCUGCUCUCCUUAUCAUCUAAUCUGAGGUGCAAGACAAAUUCCUAUUCUUCAUGCUGUGUAUACCCUCCUUGUGAGUCUGAGGCUCAAAAAGCCUCACACAAUCUGUAAGGUUUAAAUUCAGUUUGGAGGGUGGAUUAGCGAGAUCCCAUAGGGAAUAGUUUCUCGUGACUACUCAGUAAUUUGUUCUUUCAAACAAAGAGGCACUUGUUAAAAAACCUAU